CUGUCGGAUUGACAACCGCCACGGUCGCCGUCGCCUGUGCCACCCUAUCCGCUGCCUCAGAUACGUUUCCUGUAAUCAGCUUCCAAACAAUUGCCGAAUCGAUUCUGGCCUUCGUUGAGCCCAGCCCACUUUCUGUUAUUGGGAUUUCGACACACUCUUUUCUCGUAGGUUGUUUGGGAACUUUUGAAUGGAUGCGAAUAAUUGGAGACCUACUCAAGGUGCAGAACCCGGAAUUGAGGCCGGGGACUGGAGGUCUCAAUUGCAGCCCGAUUCUCGACAACGAAUUGUCAACAAAAUAAUGGAGACACUGAAGAGGCACCUUCCUGUUUCUGGUCAAGAGGGAUUGAGUGAGCUACGAAAAAUUGCUAUAAGGUUUGAGGAAAAGAUUUAUACUGCUGCUACGAGUCAGUCAGAUUACCUAAGGAAAAUAUCUCUGAAGAUGCUUACUAUGGAAACCAAAUCUCAGCCCCAUAUGGGAACUUCAUUACCAUCCAAUCCUAUGGUGCCUAGCAAUAAGCCUCUGGAUUCUGCAUCACAAAGCAUGCAGUCUCAAGUUCUUAACCCAGGGCAGUCAGUUUCUGUUCCUCAGUCAUCCAAUCAGCCUCAGUCACGCCAGCAAAUACUCUCCCAGAAUAUCCAAAAUAACAUUGUUUCUCAGAGUUCAUCUAGCUUAUCUUCUGCAGUACCUCCUGUCGCCGGAUUAGCUUCAUCUUCAAUGUCAAACAUGGUUGGUCAGAAUCCAAGCAUGCAAAAUGUAUCUGGAGUUCCACAGAAUUCUGUUGGAAAUGCUAUGGGCCAAGGGGUUCCUUCCAACGUAUUUACCAACUCUCAGAGGCCACUACAAGGAAGACAAGUAGUUCCCCAACAACAACAACAACAGCAGCCACAAACCCAGCAGCAGCAACAGCUUCUAUAUCAGCAACAACAGAUGCAACAGAUGAUAAAGCAGAAGUAUCAGCAGGGAGGUAUAUCACACCCACUUAUGCAGCCUCACAUCCCACAACAGCAACAAAAUCUAAUACAACCAAAUCAACUGCAAUUGUCUCAGCAAUCUGUCAUGCAACCUUCUAUGAUGCAACCUUCGCUCUCUAAUCUUCAGCAAAACCAGCAAUCUCCCAUUCAACAGCCCACUCAAUCCAUGCUUCAGCAGCCUCCACAGCCAGUUCUUAGGCAGCAACCACAGUCCCAACAACAUACUGUCAUGCAUCAGCAGCCUACAAUAUCACAGCAGACGAGCUUGCCUUCACAGCAGCAGCAACAGCUAAUUAGUCAACAAACAAAUUCUUCAAACAUGCAGCAGAGUUCAUUAAUCGGGCAGCAAAACAGUGUUGGGGACAUGCAGCAACAGCUGCCUCAACAAUCAAGGUCGCACGGGCAGCAGAGCAAUCUGUCAAACAUGCAGUCUUCGCCAUCGCAGCAGCAGCAGCUCAUGGCUCAGCAAAGCAACCUAUCAAAUUUGCAGCAGCAGCAGUUAGGACCUCAAAGUAAUGUUUCUGGACUACAGCAGCAAAUGCAUGGAACUCAGUCGGGUAACUCAAACAUGCAAUCAAAUCAGCACUCCAUGCAUAUGCUGCAACAGAACAAGGUUCAAAUGCAGCAGCAACCUGCACAAAAUACAUCAAAUUUAUUGUCAACGCAAGGUCAGCAAGGACAACUUCAGUCAUCCCAACAGCUGAUGUCACAGAUUCCAUUGCAGUCCACACAAGUUCCACAACAGGUACCUUUACAGCAGCAGCAGCAGCCGCCGCCGCCAAAUGCAAUGUCGCACGAGCUCCAACAAAGGCUUCAAGUUGGAGGUCAAGCACCAGGCUCCUUGCUUCAAUCACAAAAUGUAAUGGAUCAGCAAAAGCAGUUGUUUCAUUCACAAAGAGCUCUUCCAGAGACAUCGUCAACAUCUUUAGAUUCCACGGCUCAGACAGGACAGGCCAAUGGUGGUGAUUGGCAAGAGGAGAUUUAUCAGAAGAUUAAAGCUAUGAAGGACUUGUACUUUUUUGAAUUGAAAGAAAUGUACCAUAAAAUUCUUCCUAAAGUGCAUCAGUUUGAAAGUCUUCCACAACAACCAAAGAUAGAGCAGCUAAAUAAAUUGAAGGCAUUUAAGGGCAUUUUGGAACGCCUUUUGACAUUCUUACAGGUUUCAAAAAAUAAUAUCACACUUGAAUUGAAAGAUAAGAUAGGCCAUUAUGAGAAGCAGAUUGUUAGUUUUUUAAAUUCCAAUAGGCCAAGGAAUCGAAUCUCUACACUACCGCCGGGACAACAUCCUCCCUCUCACAUGCAAUCCAUACAGCAGUCACAAUCACAGAUGACCCCGUUACAGUCUCCUGAAAAUCAAAUUAAUUCCCAACUGCAUUCUGCAAACAUGCAAGGUUCUGUGGCUCCAGUGCAGCAGAACAAUAUGAACAAUAUGCAGCAUAAUUCUCUUCCAACUUUUUCAGGAUCAGCAGCACAACAAAACAUGACGAUCCCAAUGCAGCCUGGUUCCAGUUUGGAAUCAGGACAAGGUAAUUCACUGAGCUCAUUGCAGCAGGUUGCUGUUGGGUCUUUGCAACAGAAUCCUGCAAACAAUUCCCAACGGGCAAAUAAUAGUUCUUUGCCAUCACAAAAUGGGGUGAACUCUCUGCAGCCAAACAUCAAUUCUCUUCAAUCAAAUCCUAAUAUGCUUCAACAUCAACAUCUGAAACAACAGGAUCCGCAACAGAUGCUGCAAUCGCAACAACAGCUUAAACAACAAAUGCAGCAGAGACUGAAGCAGCAGGUGUUGCAGCACCAGCAACAGCAGCAACAGCAGCAACACCCGCAGCAACAGCAACCACAAUUACAUCAGCAACAGUCACAGCUACAUCAGCAAGGAAAGCAGCAGCUACCCACACAAAUGCAGGCGCACCAAAUGUCACAACUUAAUCAAAUGGAGAUUAGCGAACUGAAAAUGAGACAGGGGCUUGCUGUGAAGCCAGGGAUGUUUCAGCAUGUCCCAACAACUCAGCGCUCAGCUUAUACCCAUCAGCAGAUGAAACCAGGAACUUCAUUUCCUAUUUCUCCGCCAAUCUUUCAAGCUGCAUCCCCUCAAGUCACCCAAAAUUCUUCUCCUCAAGUCGAUCAACAAAGUCUGCUUUCAUCCAUUACUAAGACUGGAACACCUUUGCAAUCUGCAAGCUCCCCUUUUGUUGUACCAUCUCCUUCAACGCCUAUGGCUCCAUCUCCAAUGCCUGGUGAAUCUGAAAAACCCACUUCUGGUGUCUCAACACAUACAAAUGUUGGGAAUGCGGGACAACAAACUAGCGUGUCUGCAACACAAGCCCAAUCUCUUGCCAUUGGCACCCCUGGGAUAUCUGCCUCACCAUUGCUAGCUGAGUUUAGUGGUACAGAGGGCGCUUGUGCCAAUGCAUUACCAACCGUUUCCGGCAAAUCGAGUUUUACAGAGCAGCCUCUUGAACGUUUGAUUAAAGCUGUUAAAUCAAUGUCACCUAAAGCUUUGAUUUCCUCUGUCAAUGGCAUUGGAUCAGUUGUCAGUAUGAUUGAUAGGAUAGCAGGCUCGGCCCCUGGUAAUGGGUCGAGAGCUGCCGUUGGGGAGGAUCUGGUUGCCAUGACAAAAUGUCGGCUGCAAGCAAGAAAUUUUGUUCCCCACGAUGGACCAAAUGGAACCAAAAAGAUGAGACGCCACACGAGUGCAAUGCCCUUAAAUGUUGUUUCAUCAGCUGGCAGCAUAAAUGAUGUUUUUAAACCGUUGACUGGUGCUGAGACAUCUGAUCUUGAGUCAACUGCAACAUCUAGUGCCAAAAGGCCCAGGGUUGAGGCCAAUCAUGUUCUUCUGGAAGAAAUAAGGGAAAUAAACCAGCGUCUUAUUGACACUGUGGUUGUAAUCAGUGAUGAAGUAGUUGAUCCAAGUGCUUUAGCGGCUGCUGCUGAUGGGAGUGAAGGAACAAUUGUCAAGUGUUCUUUUAGUGCUGUGGCUCUCAGUCCCAGCUUAAAAUCCCAGUACACUUCUGCACAAAUGUCUCCAAUUCAGCCUCUUCGGUUACUUGUUCCUACAAAUUAUCCAAAUUGUUCUCCGGUACUCCUAGACAAGUUUCCUGUUGAAGUCAGGUUUGUACAUGGGAUCUGCUUUUUGUUUGUCAUCUGUUUUCCUUUUCUAAACAAAUUCAGUUCUAUCUUCCACAAACCCCUCUUCCCAGAACAGAUAAAGUAUAUAUGUAGCAGGCUAUUUGCAUCAAAUAAAAAAAAUGAUUUCAUAAACCUAUACAAAAUUGCAAAUAUAUGUACCAUUUUAAUUCUAAUCUAACUAGGAAGGAUAAACAAAUAGACCAUUAGUAGAUUCAAAAGCUUAAACUAACAGGGCUAUGGUGAUUACAAUUGUUUAAUAUGUGUUCUCGCACCUAGACUUAUCAGCAUGAAUUAUUAAUAUAAAAUUUAGAGAAAAUGACUUAGCAAAAGUGUGAACUCAUAAUAUUUUGCAUUCAUACCAUGCUACAUCACGACUAGACCCAAGAGCUUAAACUAUUGGACCAAGAUAAACUUAGUUUCUUUAUUAUAUUGGAAUAAAAUUUGAAAGUCAUCCUUGAUUUUAGGACAAUUCUAAUCAAUCUGAUUUAUACUUAGAGUUAGAGAAUUUGUAUGAUUUAUUUAAUAGUAGUCUUAGUCUAUUUGUUAAUUUGGAUUAUAGUGUUUAAUUCAUAUUUUAGGCUUAAUUAAUUACUUCUUAAUUUUUUGUAAGGCUAUGUAUAGCCACUUUAGGGUUGUAUUUAGAAGGUUUUGAAGUCAUAUUGAAAAAAGACUUUGUUCUGGAGAGUUUUCUCACUCUUGGGAUGGAUUUUUCUUGUUUGAUCAUGGAUUUGGCAUAAAACCCAAACCAGUUGCAUCAUCUUAGGUAUUUGUGCAUCCUCAUGCCUACGUUUUGAUGGAAGCAUAGGCUAGGUAGGCUGUCAGAUUGCAGAUUGAUUCUUUGAAGAUAUACAUAUGACAAAUUGACCAAGCAAUUGUCUACCUUCUCUCGUGAAUGCUUUAUCAAUCGCACCCUAUAGUUUGAUCAAGUCAAAUUGGAUUGUAGGGUAGUUAAUGGAGAUUUGAGAAAGAAAAAUGGCAUGUACUUCUCUAUUUAUGAUAGGAAACAAAGGUAAAGUUUUGUUUCCUUUAUUUUUUUUCUUAAAAUAAGAACGUAUUAAUCAGAGCCUCUCAAUUGUGGAGGAUUUAAUUAAGGCUAUACUAACGAAAAAGACUGAAGUAAUUUGAACAAGGUUACAAAAAUCAAAGAAAUAAAUGGACGUAUUUUCGAAGAUCCUUCAAUUCUGUUCUUUCCAAAGCUCCCACAAAAGGGCAGGAGCAGCACAACCCCAUCGAAUUUUAGCUUUACCUUUGAGGUGCCAACUUCUAAGAGCUUCCACCAGCCACUCGAAUUUAUUAGGAAGACAGAGGUUGAUGCCAAAAGCUCUAAAGAGUUGCUUCCAGCUUCUUCUAGCAGAAUUACAAUUUAGCAAAAGGUGAUUGUUGAAGUCCACAUCUUUGUGGCAUAAAGAGCAAGUCGAUGGAGACAUACAAAGACUCCUAAACUUCUUUUGCAUUUUCUCACGAGUAUUUAGACUACUGUGGGCAAGACUUCAAAGGAAGAGUUUAACCGGGUACCAAAAUUCCAAAUCAUCUUAAUCCAUGGAGAAUUAAGAUUGUGGGUGGUUUCAGUUUCAGUGAGUUUGUGGAACCUCGAAUGGGUAGAGAAAACACCAGAACUUGCCAAAGAUCAAUAAGCUCUAUUAAUGCUGCCCACACUCUGAUAGCGUUGAUCUUCCGAAGCCAAGGUCCCAAUCAAGAUGAAUAUAAUUCCAACAAAAGAUUCCCUCUCAACCCCAUUAAAGAUUCUACUAUUUGACUCUCUCCAAGUACCCCACUUCCAUGAAAGGUUAAGUUUUUUGUUCGGUAGGUUUUCUAUAGGGGAAGGGUUAAUACCUUAGUCAGAGUGUCAAGGAAGGUGCUAACUUGAUGGAGUUGUCGUGUAAGGUGUUGCAUUCUUUGUAGGAGGGCAAUAGAGGACCUUGAUCAUAUGCUAUGGAGUUGUGAUUUAGCUUAUGCUAUCUGGACUUGUUUCUUUGAUGGGUAUGGUUUUGAUUUGGCUAGACAUCAUGAUUGAAAAAAAUUGUAGAGAGAUGGUCGAGGAGGCCAUUUGGUACAAGAGAAUUCUGGGUUGAACACGAGAAUACUGUAUUCCCAGGCAUCCUCUUCGCCUAUGCAUAAGAGGUAUUCCAUGCCCUUGUAAAAGGGUGAGUUUUCUCUUUCUCCCCCCUCAUUCAUUUACAUUUUAUUUUGAAUGUAGUUAAUUAUUUAAACUAGUUGAUAUUAAUUUACCAAAAUCAAUUCAAUUAAUUAUUUAACUAGAAUAACUCAAUAAUAUUUCAUUAAAAUUUUACCAAUCAAAACUCAUUAAAUGAAUGUGGUUACUUAUUUUACUGCAUUGUUGAUUAAUUAGUAAUCAAUAUCUUUUACAGUAAAAUCAUCCUUCAAAUUUGUCUUCCAGCCUUAGUUGUGAGUCUUCUUCCAGUUUUGUCAGUCUCAUUCCCGAGUCUGCUUCCAGUUUUAAAUCUUUGCCUUCUGAAAGCGAAGUUAUGUUCAUGGCACUUUUGUCUCGGUCUCCCAAAUUUUUCAUAUCUUGAAAAAUUAUUUCCUCAUUUAUUCAUGAAUAAAAAGUCGAGUCAUCUUCCGUGUGAAAUUUGUGAACUCUUCAAACAUACCAUAACAGUAACUUUUAUUGAUGACCAUAUAAGACUCACAUGGACAUAUUUCAUGAAGGAUAAAUCUGAAACAUCAACUAUCUUUCAAUCCUUCUAUUCUAUGAUUUUGACUCAAUUUCAAAGUUCGAUUCAUGUCCUUAGAACCGACAAUUCUGGAGACUUUCAAUUCAAUUCUUAGAUCAUUUCUUCAUCUCAGGGUAUUGUUCACACUUGUUCAUGUGUGGAUAUACCCCUCAACAAAAAAGCUUAAUCAUUCAGCAUAAAAGCAAUUUAAAAAAAAAAAA